AUGAUGAGCAUAGCAGUAAUGAAUAUUUAUCUUCCAUUAUUUUGUUUCCUUUUAAUAGAAAUUUUAACCAUGGGAUCUGCUCAAAUAAAGGAAUUCCAAAGCGGGCAAAUUGCAUUGAAUAAAUCUCAAACAUCCAAAAAUUUUCAUGCUAACUCCCCCCCUUCCGUGAGUGAACAAAAAAAUUUUGUUCACUCACGGAGGGGGGUUAAUUUUUUUUAAAAAGAUAUAUAUAUAAAUUUUUAUAAAAAUUUUUUUUGUUCAAAAUUUAAAAAAAUCCUAAUUCGCAAAAAUUUGAAAUCAAAUAUUAAUUCAAUUUAUAAAAUUUAUGUUUUAAAACGCAAUUUGUUUUAAAAAUUAAGCAGAAUUAGCUCUAGAUUUCAUUAUGCUAAUUAUCACUUAUAUAUCAAAAUUUUUUCUAUUAAAAAAUUUUUGUUCACUCACGGGUUUUUGGGCGAAAAAUAGGGAUUUUUCUAAUGGUUUUGUUCACUCACGGAGGGGGGGAGUAAGAAAAAGAGAAUGGCAAUUUGGGCUCCAACUCGAUCUGCAAAGCAAUGGAAAACGGCUGAUCUGCAAACUGAGAAAAUUAGAGAGUCAGAAUCAACUUAUAAUAUAUUUAAUCCAAAAUAUAAUAGCCAGACUGAUCUAGCAGAAUCAAAAGAUAAAUUAUUCAAUGAUAGAAGGGUAAAAUGCCAUGAUUUACAAAAUAAAACAUUUUCUAAGAAUCUUCUCCCUGAGAGAGCUAAUAAAAAAUUUAUUUCAAAAAAUGUCACUGAUUGCAGAGAAUGAACCAGUGAAAUAAAAAACUCACUCCCCCCCUUAAAUGGAAACAAAAAAUUUUGUUCCAAUUUAAGGGGGGGUUAAGAAAAUUUUUUUAAAAAAAAUUCAAUAUAAAAUUGUUUAUAAAUAAAACAAAUUUAUAUAAAAUUUAAAAAAAAAAAAUUUCAAAAAUUUUAUCGAAUUAGAUUAAUAAAUUUGUUUAAUAAAAUGCUAUUUACUCUUUAUCCUUUAAAGCAAAGCAAGAUAUAACUAAAUUUUAUUAUUAAUUAAUACGCCAUUAUUAAUUGGUAUCAAAACUAUUUACACAAAAAUUAUUAUUUUUAUUGAUAAAAAAAAAUUGAGAAUUCACAUUGAAUUUAUAUUAAAAUUAUUUAAAUAAAAAAAUGUCAUUUUUAUCAAAAAAAAUAAAAAUUUUUUUGAAAAUUUUUAAAAAUUUAGCAAUUAAGAAUAAUAAAUUUAUUUAAAUAAAAUGCUCUUUAUACUCUAUUCUUUAAACAAGAGCAGGAUAUAACUAAAUUUUUAAUUUUAGUUAAGAAGAAACAUUUAAAUUAUAUCAAAACUUUUUACAUAAAAAUUAUGAUUUUUAUAUAUAAAAUUUUUUUAUUAUAAAAUUAAAUUUUGUUCCAAUUUAAAGGGGGGUUAAUUUACUAAAAAAGUGGAAAUUUUACCUAUAUUUUUGUUCCAAUUUAAAGGGGGGGAGCCAGGAAAUUCAAAUGUUUUAAAGCUAAAUAAAAAAUUAAAUGCAAAUGAUGAGGUCGAAAGUAUUCAUCGAAGGUAUGGAAGUACAGGAACUUUUGUAAAGGCUUUUGAUGUCAGUAUGAAACCCAUAAGGGCUCAAAAAAACGUAAGGCUUUCACAACAAUUUAUAGCAAAAGAUAAGCAAAAAGAAAUGAUUAAAAUUCAGCUAUUCUCCCAAGAAAUGCAGAGCUUUAAUAGUGGAUCAACUCAAAGUACAAUAAUUCCAGAUCAUUCUAUAAAGCAGUAG